AUGUCAUCGGAAAAGUCGCGCGAACACCACGACGGCAGCAGCGGCCGCGCCUUUACCGUCGACCAGAAAGCCGCCGUCGUCCGCGUCCGCAAAUGCAGUCCCACCGCCUUCUACGACAUUCUCGGUCUCGAAGCAACAAAAUCCACAGCCACAGAAUCAGACAUCAAAAAAGCAUACCGCAAACUCAGCUUGCUCACCCAUCCCGACAAGAACGGCUACAAUGGCGCAGACGAGGCUUUCAAGAUGGUUGCUCGCGCCUUUGCAGUCCUGAGUGAUGCGGAUAAGAAGGCAAAGUUCGAUCGUUUUGGUGGUGAUCCGGAUAGCAGGUUUCAGGGUGCGAGUGCUAGUUCGGCGAGUCCCUUUUCUGGCGGCGGCGCUACAAGGAGGGCACAAGGUGGUGGCAUGUUUGACGAUGAGAUCAGUCCUGAAGAUCUGUUCCGUCAGUUCUUUGGCGGCGGCGGUAUGGGUAUGGGUGGUGGUGGCUUUGGAGGCGGUCCUUUUGGCGGCGGUCUCUUCGACGGCCCAGGCUUCGUCUUCAACAUGGGCGGAGGCCCCGGCGUUCGCGUACACCAAUUCGGCGGCGGCGCACCACGACGACGACCCCAACAAGCAGCGCGAGACCCCAAUGCACCACCGCCCUCUCUGUCACAAACACUACAAUCCCUGCUACCUCUGCUGCUCCUCUUCAUCUUCCCCUUACUCUCCGGCCUCUUCUCCGGCUCCAGCACACCCUCAGGCCCCUCCGUCAAGCUUGACCCAAUCCCGCCAUACACCCAACAACGCGUCUCCUCCGGCUUUGGCAUUCCUUACUAUGUGGAUCCGCGCGAAGUCUCGGAUCUCCCGACGCGGAAGUGGAAAGAGCUGGAUAAGAGGGCUGAUGCGAAUUACUACCACAAGCUGUCUACCGAGUGCGAGGUGCAGCAGCAAAGGCAGCAGCAGAUGUACCAACAAGCUCAGGGCUUCUUCUUUACCGAUCAGGCAAAGUUGCGGGAGGCUAGGGGUUACAAGAUGCCUUCGUGUCAGAGAUUGAACGAUAUGGGCUACAGUACUCGAUGA